AUGGAAGAUAUAGACAAUCUAGCGGAAAUUAAAAAGAAACUAUGGAAUGGUUCCAUUAACGUAAAAAUACUAUUAAAAUUUGAAGAUCAAACCAUUGAAUAUCUUUUGAUUAUUCCAAGAAACUCAUAUUUCCCAAUGGUUUUCCCACAAAUAAUACGAUAUUUUGAAAACUUCAUCACAAGUAUUGAAUUGAACAAGAUUCCUGUUUGGUUGGAAUUCGAGAAAGUGCCACUUAAAUGGAAUUUGCCAGUUGGGGUUUUGUACGAUUAUCUAUAUUUACCAGCUCUUCUAAAUGGGCAUGACUUAGGUUGCUGGACUAUAUCUAUGAAAUACGAACCCGUAUAUCCGAUGGAGCAUAUAAUUCCUUUCGACGAAAAACUACCAGAUGGACAAAUUGAUUAUAUGAAGACAAUGAAUCGUGUUUUAAUGAAUCAAUUAAAACAAUCAUGUUUUGUACUUAAUGGCACAGCCAAACCAAUAAUGCAAUUAAGUGAAGAUAAUUCAAAUAAAUUAUGGAAAUCACUAAUAUCAAGGAACUUAGGUGAUUUUAAUGUCUUGAAUAAAAAAAUUAUAAAAACAAUCGAUAAGAUACCAGUGAAAAUAUAUAUUCCUGGAUCUUCAACUGUGGUGCAGGCACCUAUAUCGAAAAAUCAAACGUUACAAGAAAUAUUGUCAUUGCAUACCCCUACUUUAUCAUCAAUAACUCGUCCUUAUAUUCAAGGGAUUGAUGUAACUUCAUUAAUGAAUCAACUGAUACGAGAAAUUUGGCAACUAUUCAAACAUUUAGAUAAUUUUUUAUAUAUUACUCUAAUUAUCCUCUAA